GCUGAAUAAUUCAUUUCCCAAAUUGCAGAAGGUUCAUAGCUCCAAAUUUCCAAUGCCCAGUUCUCACUGCACGUGGGCCGGCAACCACAGCAGUCCGCAAUCAGCAGCCAGCACGCGCAGAUACCCCAGCCAGCGUACAAAGGUUUUUCACAAGCAAAGCACCGAGCAGCUUUCCACGCUUCCCAGUUCCCAGUGCCCACUCCACUCUCCCAUCCUCACGCACCGCCGGCGAGCAAACCGAGCCCAGCAAUGCCGGCGACAGAUCCCCCCGUCGCCGUCACCGACGCGGCGCCCGACGUGGGCGCGCCUCCCCGACGACCAUCUUCUCCUCCUCCGCCGCCGCCGCCGGCACCCCGGCCCCUCUCCCUCGCGUCCGCGCUCCCCUUCUGGUUCUACCUCGCUGCCGCCGUCUCCCUCCUCGCGCUCCUCCUCCCCCACCUCCUGCCUCCAUCCUCCUCCUCCCCUCUUCCGCCUCUCCUCCGCGAACACCUCGCCGCAGGCCGCGUCCUCAAGCUCGAUCCCGCCCCCGGCCUCUUCGCCGUCACCUCCCGCCCCUCCGCCGCCGGCUCCCCCGCCGCGCACCGCGUCCUCGUCCUCCCGGGCCUCGCCGCGGGGUCCCUGUCCUUCCGCCGCGUCCUCUCCUCGCUCUCCUCCCGCGGCGUCCACGCCACGGCGCUCGACCUCCCCGGCCAGGGCCUCUCCCCAGCUCUCCCCGCCGCGCCCGCGCCCGCGCGGACCAGCGCGCUCCGGGAGAUCAUGGACCGCGGCAUCUUCCACGCCUUCGAGCACCUCGUGCAGACGGGCGAGGUCCCGUACCAAGAGGAGGAGGCGGCGGCGCCAGCCGCCGCCGCCCAGAGGUCGCCGCACGCGCCCGACGAGGCGGCCGCGGCCGUCGCGCGCGCCGCGGAGGCGCUCGGCCUCGGCGUGGCCCCCGUCCACCUCGUGCUCCACGACUCCGCGCUCGCGGCCGGGGCCGCGUUCGCGUCGGCGCACCCGGGGGCCGUGCGGAGCGUGACGCUGGUCGACGCCGCCGCGUCGCUGCCGGCGUUCCCUGCCGCGGUCUUCGACGUGCCCGUGCUGGGGAGGCUGGUGCUCCGGGUGCCGGCGCUGUUCCGCGGCCUGCUGCGGCUGUGCUGCGCCCGGGGGGUUGGCGCCGAGGAGGCAGAGGCGUACCGGGCAGCGAUGCGGGGGGAGGGGAAGGCUGAGGGGGUGGUCGAGGCAUGGAAGGCGAUGAACCACAGCUUUCAGCUUGGGGAGUGGAGGGGUUCUUCGGAGGAGGUGAGGAGGCUGCCAAUGCUGGUGCUGUGGUCGGGUUCUUGGUCAGACAUGUGGAUCGACGAGGGGAAGAAAGUGGCGGCUGCGUUGCCUGAUGCCAGAUUUGUCUACCAUUCCGGCGGCCGAUGGCCUCAGGUCGACGCCUUUGAGGAAAUCUCAGGGCUGAUAACCGAGUUUGUAACCUCAUCUGAAGCAGCAGCAGGUGGUCACAAUGAGUAGCCCUCUGUAUGACGCCCUAUGAGUUCACGACCUUGGUGAAAGAUCAAGAUCCUAGUUUCGAAAAUGCCAUAUAUAUGUGCACACAUAUGGUUCGAUCAAACAAGAUUGCUCUGCCUUUUACAAAUUGGUAGCUCCUGCUGCCAGCAUGAAACACUUACAGAAGUGCAGUUAUCAAGUUCAUGUAAGGAUAUACUCCUUUGAGGAUCGUUGAGCAAAUCUAACCUGGAGCAGCUUCAGAUCUUUUAGUUGGUGCGUGACAAGUGCAGCUUGAGAUUUUUGUUCCUGCAGAGUUUCUGCUUACAGCGUGUGUACUGAGUUCUUACACUAGCGUGUUUUGUACUUUGUUGCUAAAUGGGGUGCUUGUUGUCUUGCUUGAAUUGUAAGGCCUUGUUUAUAGUUCGUGGGUAAAAAAUUUUUAGGUGUCACGUCGGUUGUUUUA